AUGGGAUACUGUCAUCUUUGCAAUCUUUAUCUUUUCAUCUAUUUUCUCGUGCUUAUCAAUAGUCAACAAGUUGAUCUCCAUCCUGAGCUUGAAUGUCUUCCAACUGGGUUACAAGUUCGAUUCAACACCACAGCACCGUUUAAUGGGAGGAUUUUUGUUAAGGGAUUUGCCGCUUCAUCUCCAUGUGUUUCCCCGAAUAGCGCGCUCUCUGUCGGAUUCGACGCUUGUGGAUUGGCGCGAACUCGUGUUCUCAAUCCAAGAGGACUUCGGGUGGAAACAACACUGAUACUGGCACAUCAUCCAAUUUUCAUCACAAAAACGGAUCGCGCCUAUCGACUUGACUGUUUCUACACCGAACAACAGAUGAAUGUUCGAUAUGAUCUUGAAAUCGAUGAUCUGACUACAAUAUCCAUUCAUCGAGAAUCCAAAAUGCCCACUUGUCAAUAUGAAAUUCUUUCCUCUCCUAAAGGUCAACUAAUGAAAAGAGUUGAGAUCGGACAAUUCGUAUACCAUCGAUGGAAAUGUACAGAUUACGACGCGAAAUUUUGUAUUCUUGUUCAUAGUUGUUUCAUGGAGUCGGAUGAUGGGCAAAGAGCGAUGAUUGUUGAUUCUCACGGUUGUUCGGUGGACACGGGAAUCCUUCAGCAUCUCAGUUAUUUGGAUGACAUGGAAGUGGGACAAACAGUCCAAGUUUGCUCUUUCGCUGACCGAACCCAAGUCUAUUUCCAAUGUCAGAUCAGUGUCACUCCGAAGGCUGGAUCUGGGUGUGAGCGUCCAGCCUGUAAUGGUGAUUUUCGAAAGAUCAUUCUUGAAACAACAUCUCCUUCAUCUUCCCCAUCAACAGAAAUAACAGAAGUUGAAAUGGAAACGACAACGACACAAACGACAACGACACAAAAAACAAUCAGACCGACUGUACCACCAAGACAAACCGUGUAUCUCCAAGUGAAACCCCGUCAAACAAUGAUCACCACAUCGACAACGAAUAUUCCAACAACAUUCGAGGAUCUCGUUGAGAUGUCACAAGGAGGAUAUGACUUCUCGAAUUCAGUUGAUGGAAGCGGUUACAAUGAUUUCCCGAUUCCACCAGCAGAUAUUGAAAACAAAGGGGAUACCGUAGACAAUGUUGGAGCAGAAGAUUUCACAGUGAGACCCGAGCUCUUUUCGAGCCCCGAAUGGGGAAAUGGGAAAAGAAAAAGGAGAACAAGAGAAAUCAAAGAAAGAGAAGCUGUACUUGAUGUGAGGACGGGGAUUGAAGUGGCACCAUUGGACACACAUCCAAAGGAUUCCCAUCCAUCGGCCGACGAUCCUCUUUGUCUUUCUUCAACCAUGAGCACUCUUUUCAUUCUUCUCUUCAUCUCCCUCAUCUUCUUCAAUUCACUCACUUUAAUGGCUCUUUUCAGAAAACAUGCCUACAAA